UAUGUUGUAUAUUGAUGCACUAACGCUAACUUACUUAUUUGAGCAUUUCUACAGAUGUGGUUAUCUGGCGAGCGGCGGCGGCGGAGGGCGAGGUCUCUUCUGCUACCACUGCCCGCCCAGCCUGCCGCCCCAUCAGCACAGGCUGCCGACCCUCGAGUACCCAUUCACGGCUUCGCAUCCUUACACGAGCUACUCGUACCACCCAGCGAUCCACGAUGACACAUUCGUCCGUCGCAAACAACGGCGGAACCGGACCACGUUCACGUUGCAGCAACUGGAAGAGCUGGAGACGGCGUUCGCGCAGACGCACUACCCCGAUGUAUUCACGCGGGAGGACCUCGCCCUCAAAAUCAACCUCACGGAGGCCAGAGUGCAGGUGUGGUUCCAAAACCGAAGGGCGAAGUGGCGAAAAGCGGAGAGGUUAAAAGAGGAGCAGCGCAAGAGGGAAGGCGCCGAGGUGCUCACCAAGCGGGACCCCUCCGAUGACAAGGGUUCCUCCGAGUGCGGCAUGUCCCGAGGCUCCGCAGAGGCAUCGCCGGUAUCCGCUACCGGCUCCCCUAGAGCGUCGCCGCCCGUCACGCCCGGCUCUCCGCGGCGGUCGCCGCUACGGUCGCCGCACCGGUCGCCCAACAGGUCACCUAGGAACGAGAGGUCAGAAGCGAGCUGCGCGUCUCCUGCGCCUUCGGUCGGCAGCGUGGGGUCGAGGGACGCGCCCUCCGACCAGCGGCCCUCACACCACCUGUUCUCGCCCUUCGACCAUUCCGGCGCGUUCCGCUCGUCGCCCGGCGGCGCCACGAGCGAGCCGGCGCCCGCGCCGCCGCCGCCGCUGUUCCUGCCGCCGCAUCUCUCGCAUCUGUCGCAGCACCUCAACCACUUGUCACAGCCCUUCUUCCCGCUGAAAGGUUGGGGCCCGCCCUGCCCCUGCUGCCCCAAAGAAGAAGUCCGCUCGUCCAGCGUGGCGGAACUCCGUCGCAAAGCGCACGAGCACUCCGCAGCGCUCCUGCAUUCCCUGGCCAGCUUCCAGUCGCGCGCGCUGCUGCCGCUGCCGCUGCAUCUGCCGCCGCUGCCGCUAUCGCUGCUGCCGCACGACGCGCCGUCCGCGCCGCAGCCGCCCGACCCGCCCAAGCACCUCGAAUAAUCAAGAAACUGCUGCACACAGCUUACC